GUCGAAAAACCCCCUGAAAAAGAAGCAAAAAAAAAAAAAAAAAAAAAAAUCGACCGUACGAUCUGCGCUCGUCUCUGUCGCACGCCCUAUAAAGUGCCUCCGCGUUCCUCCCCGUUUCUUCGGCGAGUUUCCGUGGGAUUUCGUCCGGUGCGUAUCGCCCCCCUUCGCUGCCCCUAUUUCCAUUUGGGUUUGUUGGGGAGGAGUUGUGGCUGGAUUGGAGGAUGGAGGAGACGAUGGCGACAUGUGAUUUGGGAGUUUUGUAGCCUUGAUCGGAUCGAGAGCGGUUCGGAAAUGGGUUGCUUCCACUCGAGGGAUAAAGGGCAAUUCCCAGGUUACGAGGAUCCGGUGCUUCUCGCGUCCCAAACAGCUUUCAGCGUUAGUGAAGUUGAAGCACUGUUUGAGCUGUUCAAGAGCAUUAGCAGUUCUGUGAUUGAUGAUGGUCUGAUAAACAAGGAGGAGUUUCAGCUUGCAUUGUUUAAAAACAGAAAAAAGGAAAAUCUUUUUGCAAACCGGAUCUUCGACAUGUUUGAUGUCAAGCAAAAGGGAGUUAUUGAUUUCAGUGACUUUGCCCGAGCUCUAAAUGUAUUCCAUCCAAAUGCUCCUCAUGAAGAUAAAGUUGAUUUUUCGUUCAAGCUUUACGAUAUUGAGGAUACAGGCUUCAUCGAGAGGAAAGAGGUCAAGCAGAUGCUUAUUGCGCUUCUAUCAGAAUCAGAAAUGAGGUUAUCUGAUGAGACUGUUGAGACAAUCCUGGACAAGACGUUUUUAGAAGCUGACGUGAAUCAAGAUGGGAAGAUUGAUAGGGCAGAAUGGGAGAAUCUUGUUUCCCGUAACCCGUCAUUAAUGAAGAUAAUGACCCUGCCAUAUCUCAAGGACAUAACAACCACCUUUCCAAGCUUUGUAUUCAAUUCCAAGGUCGAUGAUGCUGCUACAUGAUCUAUUUGAAGUACCAAACAGCGAAGAAAGAAUACAUCUAUAGAGUGUGUUGUGCAUCAUCCAAUUUUUACAGCAGUUUUAUUGGUAGCAUAAUACUUUUUUUCUUUUUGUCGACAAGGGGCUUAAAUGUUAAUAUAAUAAUUUUGGCAGAAGGAACUGUACUUGAAUGUUAAUAUAAUUUUUUGCAGUUUCUAUUGAGGAAAAGUAGCUCUUAAUUGGAUCAAUCUACAAACUGAUAACAUUAAAAUGGCAGACUUAAUGCUUAUUGUA